AUGGGUCGCCAUAACGUCAUGCGGAGAUUUCUGGAAUCCCUUCGAGUCGGUUACCCGAUCCUGAUCCUUGUCGUGUUUGCGUCGGCAUUUAUAGCCAACUCGAUCGUGACGGCCAGAACCGCGACCCGAAAUUCCUGUGCUUCGCAGACCGGCCCAGGGGGCCGUCCACUCCCCAAGCGGUCGAGGAGUACAAUAGCCGUGGUAAAAUCGGCCCAAAAGUUCUCCCGAAACGCGAAACUAUGCUUCAAAUUGCUCUCCGCUGCCAUUCUGGUCACGCUGGUGGCAGAGGCUGCUGUGAACGUGGCUCAUGUGAUGGUUGCCAGAUCGGAGCAGUGGUGGUGUGGCCAAGCAGUGGUGAUCUACAUUGUGGGGUCGUUCUUUGACUAUGCCAUUAUCCUUGUGUCCUUGUUGGAUACCGACCCAUCGCCGACAUUCGCUCAGUUUGUGCCAUGGCUGAUAGCCGCACCCCUUGAAAUGGCGAUCCUUGGGCUUUCACUCUCCAUAUACUCUCGCCCGCACCAUGAGCCUGCAGUUGGAGCUCCCACUGGCGGCCAAUUACAGGGAGGUGUCACUAUGUGGGAGGCUGCAAGCAUCGUCUGCAACAGCAUCCGCCUCCUGUUAUUGCUCGUCUUAAUCAUGCUUUAUGCGUGCAGCUCCCUCAGAUCUCCGCCUGUGGCCCAUAGAGCGGCCCGUAUGAACGGAGACAGUCCUACAGAAACUACUGGGCUUCUUCACUCUGGGACAGAGAACGGACAUGCCUAUGGCUCAACUAAUAAUGUUCAUGGUGAUCAGCACAAACCCAAGCCAGCAGAUCCGUGGGUUCGCCCAACAACACAACCAUCCACCAGUUGGUGGGAAUACCUCAGCGGCUAUUCGUUAUUCUUCCCAUAUCUUUGGCCAUCCAAGUCCCGCCGUCUGCAGUUAGUGGUGCUGGUUUGUUUCAUGCUGAUUGUUCUCCAACGUGUCGUCAAUGUCCUCGUUCCUCUCCAGGUUGCUAAAAUUACCAACAAACUAUCCGAACAGGGCGACGACUUCCGCGUGCCAUGGUUCGAAAUCUGCCUAUACAUCUUGUUUCGGUGGCUUCAAGGAAAUCAGGGUCUUAUUGGGUCCCUUCGUUCAACGUUAUGGAUUCCUGUCAGCCAGUAUUCUUACAUGGAACUGUCGACCGCCGCUUUUGAACACGUCCAUGGACUCAGCUUGGAUUUCCAUCUUGGAAAAAAAACGGGCGAGGUGCUUUCGGCUCUUAGCAAAGGUAGCUCGAUCAACACAUUCUUGGAGCAAAUUACCUUCCAGGUGGUCCCAAUGCUGGUCGAUCUCUGCGUUGCGAUCGUCUACUUCCUUGUUGCGCUAGACGCCUACUACGCUCUCGUCGUCACCAUUGUUACUUUCUGCUAUCUUUACGUGACUAUCCGUAUGGCCCAGUGGAGGGCGGAGAUCCGGCGGCAGAUGGUCAAUUCAUCCCGGCAAGAAGACGCGGUGAAGAACGACUCAAUGGUCUCUUAUGAGACAGUUAAAUACUUCAACGCGGAAGAUUAUGAAUUCGGGAGGUAUCGAGCCGCAGUAGCCGACUACCAAAGGGCCGAAUACCAUGUCCUUUUCUCUCUGAACCUGAUGAACACUUCGCAGAAUACCAUUUUUAUGCUAGGGUUGCUGAUUGCCUGUUUCAUUGCCGCUUAUCAAGUCUCUCUCGGUCAACGGAAUGUAGGUCAGUUUGUCUUGCUUCUCACAUAUAUGGCCCAAUUGCAGGGGCCCCUCAAUUUCUUCGGAACAUUCUAUCGUUCCAUCCAGUCUGCUCUGAUUAACUCGGAGCGCUUGUUGGAAUUGUUCAGGGAACAGCCUACCGUUGUCGAUCGACCUAGCGCCCGGCCUUUGCCGCUCUGCCGGGGAGACAUCAAAUUUGACAAUGUUGAAUUUUCCUACGACGCCCGUAAACCGGCGUUGAACGGCCUUACAUUUCACUGCGAGCCCGGAACUACCACCGCGUUGGUCGGUGAGUCUGGCGGAGGAAAGUCAACCGUCUUCCGCCUGCUUUUCCGAUUCUACAAUUCUGAAAGAGGCCGAAUCCUAGUUGACGGGCAUGAUGUCGAAGGCAUCACUAUCGACUCUCUACGAAGACAUAUCGGAGUAGUGCCGCAAGACACUGUUCUCUUCAAUGAGACUCUGAUGUAUAACCUGAAAUAUGCCAAUCCGAAUGCCACGGACGAAGACGUCUACGAAGCAUGUCGGGCCGCAAGUAUUCAUGACAAGAUCAUGUCAUUUCCAGAUGGCUACAACACCAAGGUUGGUGAGCGUGGCCUGCGACUCAGUGGUGGAGAGAAACAACGAGUAGCAAUUGCUCGGACGAUCCUCAAGAAUCCGCGAAUCAUUCUCCUGGAUGAGGCCACUGCUGCACUGGAUACCGAGACGGAGGAACAUAUUCAGGGUGCUCUGUCAACGCUAUCUCGCGGCCGUACGAUGCUCGUCAUUGCACACCGACUGAGCACCAUCACAACAGCUGACCGGAUCCUGGUCCUAAGUGAGGGUAAGGUCACAGAGAGCGGGACGCAUGACCAAUUACUGGCGAUGAAGGGUCGGUAUGCAAGCAUGUGGCGCAAGCAAAUCCGUGCUCAGGAGGCUGCUGCAAAAGCUCAAGUGCUGCAAGACCGAGCUCAACGGUUGCGCAGCGCAUCCACUUCGGCGGCCGCGGAGGACAGCUCCAGCCAGUCCGAUGAGGAUCGAAACACUCACCGAAAUGCAACCCGACAAGCUCAAUUCCACCAUCCAUAG